AUGGCGGAUCAUUGAACAACAAUUUAAAAGUGCCCUUUACUAUUCCUGUUUUUAUUUAGACAAUAACAUUAUACCGUCAAAAUGUCUGUGGAUUUGGAAGAAUACUUCAAGACGACCUUCGAGGAUACCCUCGUUGUCAAAAUGCCUGAGCGGGAAGAUGAUCACUUGACACCUGCAACAAGACUUUUGGAAAAAAGAAGAGAAAUGGCAGAAGUUGAUCAGGCACUCCUAGCACAGAAAGAGGAAUUCCAAAUGAAAAUGGAAAGUUUACAACAGAGAAGAGAGGAGCUAGAAAGAAAAGAAUGUGAUUUAAAGGAGCAGUUACUGAAGUUUGAUCAUUUCCUCAAGGAAAAUGAUUCAAAGAAAGCAAGAGCUUUGAAAAAAGCUGACGAGGAAAGAGAUUCAAAGAAACAGAAAGAUAAAGAAAUUGAGAAAUUAAAAGUAGAAAAGGGAAAACUGGAAAAAGACAAAUCAAAGUUACAAGAAAAACUAGAUAGAUUUAAAAUUUAUCACACCUACAUGGAAAAGGUGCUAGAAGCAGGAGAGGAAUUUGGUGAAAUGAGAGAUAUUAUAGCUAGACAUGACACCUUGACAGCUACACAUGAAGAUUUAUUAGAACAGGACCAAAGAAAUCAGGAAGUCAUAGAAAAGGAAAGACAAAAUUUGAUGAAAUACAUUGAGGAAAAAGACAAUGAAAUUUUAUCCUGUAAUAACCAGUUAUCAGGAUUACAAACUCAACUUGACACAGCUCAGAGUGAGGCUGUAAAAUGGGAGUCAGCAUGGACUCAUAUUAAAAAUACUGCUGCUACAAAAACACUUACACUUGGUAGAAUUAAAAUGGCUGCCAGAAAUUUGUACCAGUUAGUUAAACGACACCAAAAACAGUCAGCAGAAGAAGAAGAAACACAUGAACAAUUAGCACAGAUUCAGAUGUUUUUGUAUGAUCUGAAGGACAUCGUACAGGAACUGAAAAGAUCUGAUACCUUUGUGUCUUCUGCCUAUGUGCCAUCAUCAUCAUAGAGUUAUCUCCUCUGCUGCUGCUGCCAGUACUUACCUCCCCUUCUUCAACAUCUUGUGUGGCUCAUUACUAUACUUCUGCACACUUGGAAUGAUUCAUUUUAGAAUAUAAUAUGUAAAAUUACGUUUUCAGAUCCGUGUAGUCAUUCAGGAUUUGCUGUCGAUAACGGGUGAGAUUAGACGAGCAGAAUUGUCUCAGGCAUCAAUAGUUCCACCGUCAUCAAGUUAACCUUGUAUAUUUUAUAUUGAAAAAUAUUACAAGGGAUACUGCCUAUGUAAACUAUGUGCUGGCUGGUGUGAAACAAUCUUCCCAUAAAGUGUGACAUUUCUAAGUACCCAAUUCUUUUCGUACUAGAAAAAUU